AUGUUUGGUAUGAAGUUUGACGGCACCGUCAGCACACGCAACCGCCUUGGAUUGUUGUGCAGCAGCGAGAAUAAGUGGGUGGUGAGAAGCCGAACUGGGGAGAGGAGGUUGGUGCACGCCCCCGCGUGUGAGUCCAAUAAACAAUACCACGUGCUUCUCACACUCAAGGAUGACAGGUUUUUCUUCUACGUUAACGGCGAGUCACUGACGCUUGAGGAAGGGCAAAACGAGGUGCCGAAGAGCAGGGAGAACGGGGAGAUCACGCACUUCUACUUUGGGGCAGACGAUGACAUGAGUGACGCUGACGGAAGUGUAACGGUGAAAAAUGUUCAGUUGUGCGACCACCCAGAGCAUAUCGUUGAAC